AACGGACGAAGAAGACGUCAAAAUUUGGCUUGGCUUUUUGGACGCUUUAUUUUCAAAACUUUCAUUUUUUCUCUUUUUUGCGUAUUUAUCCAGUCGGGUUUCCUUGGUAAUUUGAAAUGUCCAGGAAGUCCUUUGAUGCCUCUUCAAUGGAUAUCAGUGCACACUCACAGGUUGAAGAAGAGAGAACGAUGGAGACAAUUUGGGCAGUUCUGGAGAGUACCAUCAUGGGCACAAUUCCCGAGCACAUCAAGAGUUGCCUGACAAAGAAUGGCUUCACAUCAAUAAGUGUAAUUGCACAGAUUAAUGAUGCAGAUAUCGAGAAGUUGGAUGAGAAUCUUUCCCGGGAUCCAUGCAAUGGGUACUCUAGUUUGCGCCUGGGAGACCGGAAGCUCCUCAGCUGCCUCCCACAGUUGAUUGAAUCGAAUCAAGAUCAAAUUUACGGGCAGUGGCAUGAACGAAUUGGAGAACCUUUACUUCCGAUAGAGGGGCACAGAGCUGAAGGAUCAAUUAUGUCUCCAGUAUCCCAGGUUCAGGAUGUUACCGAUGAGCAAGACAUAAUUCAGGAAGUUCAGGAGAAUGAUACAUCGGAACUUGAUAUAAAGAUCCACAAAUACCCACGAAUAAGGAAGUACGAGGAGAUUAGCAGGUCCCCCACUCCGCCCACACCUGAGAGACUAGUAGAUCCUGCCCUGACAGAGCCCACAGCUGAUGAGAGGGAAUACGAGCGGCAGCUCAGGAGGCAAGUGAAUACCUUCAUAAAGGUGAACACCUUGGAGCCCAGGACGAAGAUUGAUCAGGUCGUGGUGCGAUUGACGGAUAAUCACAUCACAGCGUACUGUAUGUGCCCCAAGUGCCACAGAAAGAUUUCAAUUUCAGCAACACCCAAAAAGAAGAGUGAAGGAACACUCGGCUUCAAGCUGGGCAAUCUCCAUCGACAUCUCCAGAAGACCUGCAAAACUGUAGGACGUGUCCGGAAUAAGAUUGAUGACUUCUGGGUACAGCACGACCCGCUAAAUGAAUAAAAUUUAAACUAAUUUA